AAGGCCACGGUGAACAGGGAGUUUAGAAGUAUGAACAAUAUGUGAACGCGCUCCGAAAUAUUGACUUACCGUAAACAGACCUCCUGGGGUUGCCAGCAUAUAAACUGUGCUGCGAAAUGCUAACGAUACAGCUAAAAAUACCACACUGAUUGAUCCAAGCUUCUUUCUCCCAACGAAUGUAGGGUUAUCUGAUUAACUCGUAAAACAAACAGCAUUUUCUUGCAAAGAAGUCGCUUUCGGGUUCAUGUCACAGGAAGAAGCGUAUUACAAAUAGUUCACUGUGAGCUAUCAUACAUUGCCCGUCGCCAUGGUGAAUACGAGCUUUUCCUCCGCAGACGACCCCAGCAUCCUGCAGUCUUUAUGGGACCUCAGGGUCGGGUACGAAGAACAACUACGCUCCCCUCUCUUUCCCGUGGUGCUGUCCGUCGUCACGUACUUCGUCUUGUGUAUCUUUUUUAUGAUUAUUGACCUAUUGGGAGAACGGCUACCUUUCAUAUACAAGUACAAAAUCCAACCGGAGAAGAAGGUGACAGUUGCUCAGAUCUACGACACGGUCCAUCUGACCAUCUGGAACCACGUUAUCUUUAUUCUGCCCGCCUCAGCCGCCCAGUGGGUGUGGACGCCACCCACGACCCUCCCGGACUUAGCACCGACCCUUUGGGAGUUCACCUGGCACCAAAUAGCCUGCCUCAUCGUCUUCGACUUCCAGUACUACGUGUGGCACUUGAUCCACCAUCGAGUCCGGUUCUUGUACAAGCACAUCCACUCUGUCCAUCAUCGCUACCACAGCCCGUUUGGCUGGGUCACCCAGUAUCUUCACCCCUGGGAAUUGAUCACAGUGGGAUUCCUUACCACGACUAACACCUGGUUCUUCAAAUGCCAUUGCUUGACCACCUGGAGCUACAUGAUCGUCAGUAUUCUCAUCAGCGUCGAAGCUCAUCACGGAUUUGACUUCCCGUUCGCCAUCAACAAUUGGUUUCCUUUCGGCCUGGUUGGAGGAGCUCCCAAACACGACAUGCACCAUCUAAAACCGUGGACAAAUUUCCAGCCCUUCUUUAAUCACUUCGAUCGCUAUUUUGGUACUCAUUGUCCCUUUAUGAUGGCGGGAGGAAAGAAAUCCAAAGCGUUAAUAGAGUACGAACAACGGAACAGGGAGACAAAAAAACAAGGGUAACAGUUAUAAUGUCAUUGAUUCCAGCAUUAAUUGCUCACAUCCUAUCAGAGCACCCAAUGCUCAACGUGCAUCAGAUCGACCGUUAUCCGUGAGCCGUGACCUAGACCAAAUUUGAUGAGUGCAAGAUGUUUGACGAUUGAUUGUGUCGAAUUAAGUAAAAUGGCAUCAUGUAACAUCAGUGGAUUUGUUUUGCUUCAGGUGUUAAUGUCAUUUUGGCUGUCUUAUAAUGAUCUACCAGGAGCCUCUGCAUAUAUUUGACGCAUCGGGAGAAAGGAUCAAAUCCCGAAGUCUGGCAGACCAUCUUUGGAGGAUACAGAUUUAUAGGGUAGGUCAACGAACUUGACCAUGACUCGGUUUACAUAGGGUAACUAGCUAAAUAGGGAAUAGUUUGCUUUAUUGAUUCACCGGGAAAAAGAAGAUCUAAGUUUCUUAAUUAGUGUAUGCAGAUUAAGACGUUAUGCAAGACCAGAUGUGGCAACAUUGACUUUCAUGUAACUCAUUUUACUCUUCUGUAGUUUAUGCCAUUACAGAUGUAUUCUUCACUAUAUAUCUCAAUCCAAAGCACCAGAAGCAGAAUAUACAUGUAUGUUCGAGAAAAUGUUGAGUAGAAUACAGAGCGCUGGAAAGCGGGAAAUAAAUACUGCGACAUUUUUGUGAAUGGUUAUGUUAAUUAUUUAUAGUGUGUCACAAAUUCUACUCGAGCGCGUGGUGGAUCGUGACUCCCACUUACUGAGCUACAA